AACGAUGUCGUUUAGCAGAAGAGAAGCGUGAUUCUUGUGUCUUGGGAAAGUUUAAAGAGCAAAACAAACUUGAAUGGAGAAGAUAAUAAUAACGUGGCAAAUGGAAGUACAGAGAGGAGGCUAAUGGAGAAUGGUCUUCUCCUUUCACUCCCACAACAUCAGCAAUUACAACCCAUCUCCUUAUUCGUCUUCUUCCCUCAGGCUCAACUUCACUUCCCACAACCCAAACCCAAACCCACUCCCACUCACUUUCACUUCAUCACUUCUCAUCCUCAUCUUCGCUUCCCACUCAUAACCUCCACCACCAGGUCCCGCAGGUGGGACUCCAAUGCUGAGAAUUUCCCCGCUCAGAACUUUAACCAAAAAGAUGAUGAUGAAGAAGACGACGACGACGACGAAGAAGAAGAAGAAGACGAAAGUUUUUAUAGGAAGAAUUUGAAAAGGAAGAGGCGUUGGUGGUCUAAGAAGCCCAAAGUGAAAAAGAAAAAGUCUUGGAAUUCGUUGGAUGAAGCUAUAGAAAGUGUCUGGAUACUCAAGGUAUUCAAAUCCUAUGGUUGGUUUUCUCCAGCCAUCCUUAUAUCCUUUCUUCUUGCCACUGGUCCAAAGGCUUUUCUUAUGUCAUUGGCAAUUCCCCUUGUGCUGUCAGUACUGUAUUUAGCAUUUGAUAAAUUGUGGGGUAUGACACAACACAACCCUAAACACAAGGCCAGGAUGAGGAGGAAAACGUCUACCACAUAUGUAAGUAGUGUCGAAAUGGAGACAGAAGGACAAGACGGUGAGGGAACUAGAAAGGUAAAGAAGGGUAAUGAAUCCUGGGUGGGUAAUAAUAAUGGUUCAGUUAAUAAGGUGAGGCAAGAUGACCCCAGUUUUGGUGGGUGGGAUUAUCUGGAUGAAGCAAGAUUCAGGCGAAGGGCGACUCCAGAGACUAGCAAAUCACAAAGGACACAGGAGGGAAAGUUGAGCGGGAGUAGAACAAGUGACACACCCUUACUACUGAGAUUGUUGAUUGCUAUCUUCCCAUUAAUAGGUUUUUGGGCUAAGAUGUUUUGGUGAACUGCAAACAGCAAGCUUGAACAUUGAACAUCAAUUUGGUUGGUUUUGCUUCCAAGUUCUCCAGUCGAGUCUCCAAAUUUAAAGGGGUUUCAUGUUCCCAUUCUUGCUUGAUUGCUUUCCACACCCAGUUGAAUAUCUGAAGCUGAGAUCGAAUGUUCUUCAACCAGAGCCUAGCUUAUACAACAUCCUAGCGAGGGAUCAUUCAGUCAUAUAUUUGAGUUUUCAUAUAUUCUUUUCCGCAAUGGUAUGACAUUUAGAUUCAUGUAUACUUGUAAAGAUAUGUUAUUUUUCUCUGGACAGUUGAAUAUUUUGGUAAAUCACAUCUUAAGAUUGCCCUUUUUUUCUCUUCUUGGGAG